AAAUUUGAACGGCAGCCGGAGCCCGAGUCCCACACUGGAGGCUGCGGUGGGCAGGAGCGCAGGUUGGGAAGACUGUCCCGACCCCGGACUCCUCGUUUUCUCCCGGAGACACGCCGAACCGGGACUCACUUCUUUCCUUUUCCGGAAUUUGAACCACCGCCUCCGUCGUCUCGCAAUCGACACGCGAAGCCCGGGGCGAUGGACCCGUUUACGGAGAAACUCCUCGAACGAACCCGUGCCAGGCGAGAAAAUCUCCAGAGGAAGAUGGCCGAGAGGCCCACGGCAGCACCGAGGUCUGUGCCUCCCGCCAAGCGCGCCAGAGAGCCGCUCGCAGAGGCCAGUAACCAGCAGCCCCUGUCCGGGGUGCCAGAGAAAUCUUGUACAAAACCAUCGCCAUCAAAAAAACGCUGUUCUGACAACACUGAAGAGGAAGUUUCCAACCUGGAAAAUGCACAACCGGUUGAGUCAGCUUCUGCCAAACCUUGUUCUCCAAGUGCUGUGUCCCCUCAGGCACGGCCACAGGCACCGGCUCCGGCCAGUGAUUCCCUGCCCGCCACCCAGGCAUCGCUGCUGGGCCUGCAGAGCGGGCUGAGUGCCAGGCCCGAGGCCUCCGCAGCCUCCUCUGUGAAAACACGGAUGCAGAAGCUGGCAGCCCAGCGGCGCCACUGGGAUAAUGAUGAGGUGACAGAUGAUACCCCUGCAAGCUCACUCAUCCCAGCGAUGCCCGCGGAGGACAAGGCGGCCUCCCCUCCCAAACCAGCAGAAGCCUCGGCCACUCCCGUGGGGAGGAGGGGCCGUCUGGCCAACCUUGCUGCCACUAUCUGCUCCUGGGAAGAUGAUGUCAGUCUCUCAUCGGCAAAGCAGAACAGUGCCCCAGGACAGCCUGGCACCACUUGUUUGUCCAAAGCUUCCUCUGCCAGCGGAGCAUCUGCUGGCAUCAAUGGCCGCAGUGUUGCGCAGGAAGCCGCAUGCUGCUCCCCGAGGGGUGGCCAUGCCUCUCUGAGCAAAGCCCCGGCCUCGAGAGCCGCGGCCGCCUCCUUGCCUCCGGGUGCCGUUUCCAGCGCUGCGAAAGCUGCUUCUUCCCCUGUGAAAGCUUCUAUAUCUGUCACCAAUGCUAAAAAUUGUGAGGUACGAAAACCUGAGCGACUUCAAAAAACUCCUGCUAGUCCUUUGAAAACUGAGGUAUCGAAACCAAUCGGGAAAUCAGCUGAAUCCCAGACAGUUCGACCCAAAGAAGAAGUAAAUAGAGGAACUUGUCUGCAAUCUCACUCUAAAGACAAAUCUACAACACCAGGAGCGGGAGUCAAGCCGUUUCUGGAGCGCUUCGGCGAGCGCUGUCUAGAACGCAGCAAAGACAGCCCCACGCAGAGCACACCCCACAGGACCCCCGUGGUCACUCCAAGCACCAAGGCCAUCCAGGAAAGACUGUUAAAGCAAAACACAUCUUCAUCUACUACCCACGUAGCCCAGAGGCUCAAGCAGGAACGUGAAAAAGAACUAGCAUGUCUUCGUGGCCGAUUUGACAAGGGCAAUUUAUGGAGUGCAGAAAAAGGCGAAAACUCCAGAAGCAAACAACUAGAAACCAAACAGGAAAUUCACUCUCAGAACACUCCCCUCAGAAAACAUCAAGUUGUUUCAAAUACCCGGUCCGGUCCAGUAGCAGAAAAGGAGAAGGCGGCAGGAGAGCAGACGCCAGCACAGCCCCCCAGCCCAGAGCCCGCAGGUUUCACUGAAUGUGAAAUGACGAAGUCUAGCCCUUUGAAAAUAACACUGUUUUUAGAAGAGGAAAAGUCUUUAAAAGUAACAUCAGACCCAAAGGUUGAGCAGCAGACAGAAGUGGUACGUGAAAUUGAGAUGAGCGUGGAUGACGAGGAUGACAUCAAUAGUUCGAGAGUGAUUAACGACAUCUUCAGUGAUGUCCUGCAGGAAGGUGAGCUGGAUGUGGCCAGGAGCCCGGAGCAGAUGGGCCAGGCGGGAGCCGAGAGCGGGGAGGACCAGGAGGAUGCCCUGAAUAUCUCCUCGAUGUCGCUGCUUGCUCCGCUGGCACAGACAGUUGGCGUGAUAAGUCCAGAGAGUUUUGCUUCCUCGCCUAGAUUGGAAAUGAAGGGCAGUAGCAUACAUGAUGAGAGUCCCAAACCAGGGAAGUUCCAGAGAACCCGUGUCCCGCGGGCCGAGUCUGGUGACAGCCUUGGUUCUGAGGACCGUGACCUCCCUUACAGCAUCGAUGCGUACAGAUCUCAGAGAUUCAAAGAAACAGACCGUCCUUCAAUUAAGCAGAUUGCUCAGAAGGAAGAUGCUACUUCAAAGUUGGAGGGAAAAAGGAAUGCUGAAGAAAAGAGCGUCUUUCCUUGUCAGGUGAACGUCAAGCAGAAAAUGCAGGAGCUCAACAAUGAAAUCAACCUGCAGCAAACGGUGAUCUACCAGGCCAGCCAGGCCCUGAACUGCUGUGUGGACGAGGAGCACGGGAAGGGGUCCCUGGAGGAAGCCGAGGCUGAAAGGCUGCUUCUGAUCGCAACUGAGAAGAGAACACUUUUGAUUGAUGAGCUGAAUAAACUGAAGAGUGAAGGACCUCAGAGGAAGAACAAGGCUGGUCUCCUCUCCCAACGUGAAUUUGUCCCGUCCAAAGGGUCAGUCACUUUGUCAGAAAUCCGUUUGCCUCUCAAGGCAGAUUUUGUCUGCAGCACAGUUCAGAAACCAGAUGCAGCAACUUACUCCUUCCUGAUCAUACUGAAGGCAGGAGCCGAGAACAUGGUGGCCACCCCGCUGGCAAACACUACCACUUCCCUGAACGGCGAUGCCCUGACGUUCUCCACCACGUACACUCUGGAAGAUGUGUCCAAUGACUUUGAAAUCAGUAUUGAAGUUUACAGCUUGGUGCAAAAGAAAGACCCCUCAGUGCCAGAUAAGAAGAAAAAGGCAUACAAAUCCAAGGCUAUCACUCCAAAGCGACUUCUCACAUCUAUAACUUCAAAAAGCAGCCUUCAUUCUUCAGUGAUGGCCAGCCCGGGCGGUCUCCAUGCUGUGCGCACCAGCAACUUUAUCCUUGUUGGAUCUUACACGCUGUCCUUGUCUUCAGUAGGAAACACUAAGUUUGCUCUGGACAAGGUCCCCUUUUUAUCUCCUUUGGAAGGUCAUAUUUAUUUAAAAAUAAAAUGUCAAGUGAAUUCAAGUGUUGAAGAAAAAGGUUUUCUAACCAUAUUUGAAGAUGUGAGUGGGUUUGGUGCCUGGCAUCGAAGAUGGUGUAUUCUGUCUGGAAACUGUAUCUCCUACUGGACGUACCCCGAUGACGAGAAACGGAAGAAUCCCAUAGGAAGGAUAAAUCUGGCCAAUUGUACCAGUCGUCAGAUAGAACCAGCCAACAGAGAAUUUUGCACAAGACGCAACACUUUUGAAUUAAUUCCUGUAUGACCACAAAGAGAAGAUGACCGAGAGACGCUUGUCAGCCAGUGCAGGGACACACUCUGUGUCACCAAGCACUGGCUGUCCGCAGACACCAAGGAGGAGCGGGACCUCUGGAUGCAGAAGCUCAAUCAAGUCCUUGUGGACAUUCGCCUCUGGCAGCCUGACGCCUGCUACAAGCCUCUUGGGAAGCCCUGAGCGGGGCAGUUCCCGUGCCGCUCACUGGUGGCUUUGAGCUCCGUCAUACGUGUAUCUUAAGGGUGGCAGAUAUGCUGAUGGCAUUUUAUGCUUUAAAAACAAAAGGGUAUGUGCCAAUAUUCACUACAUAUUAUGCAGUAUCUGUGUCUUCUGUAUGUAAAACUUCAACUGAUUUGUCAUUCAUAAAUUGCCUAGAGGAAAAUUUAUUAUAGUUGAUUUUGCUAAAUCUUAAUCUAAAAAUCCUCAUUUCCUAGAAACCUGAUUAUUCAGUUAUUCACGAGAAAAUGUUUGUUUUUAAGUAAGAAAUUGUAAGUUGUCUUGUUGGAGCUGUGGGUCUCAGCACAGAGGGGUCUUCGGGAGUUAGAGUCACUCUUUAGCCUCAUACGCCUUCCUGUGGGUGUGGGCCUCUAUUGGAAGUAUCUUGUUACUUUCGCACUGAAGACAUUUCUUAGGGACUUUAUAGAACGUUUUUAGUAAUGGAGGCAAGGGCUUUUUCAAAGAGCAAAUGGACAUUCGUUUAAGCUGAGGCUUCUCCGAACAGGAGAUGCGGACUUAGGGGAUAUUGUGUGAGAUUUGAGGGUAAGAUGUUUAUUUAGAAGACUUAAUAAUCACAUGGUUUACAUUUGCUGUUACUGAAGAUGCUGCAUGGUACACAUUUUCAUAAAAUGUAGCUUUCAAAAGUAAUUAUUUUUGCUUUAUAGCUAAUAGACUCCUCAGAUAUACUUGGCAUGUUAGUUUCUUUCUGUUCCUGUAACAAGAACAAAUGUAAAUUGAAGAAUUUUUAUAUAA